AUGGCAGAGCAGAGCAGCCGCGAUGUGGUAGAUCAGACCCUGUCGGGCGGCGAGCCUUCGCCUUCCGACGUUCCUGCGAGCACCAACGACAAGCUUUCCGCCGGAGGGGACGCAGGGAAGACCGAACAUAUCGCAAUGAAUACAGCUACAUCGAACAACUCCACUUUGAAUGACCAGCACAAUCAUGAGACAAAAAACACGCUUGAUCAACGGGGAGAACGAGCGGGUGGUGAUAAGGAUACCGGAGGCCCUAUAUCGGUGAGAUCUGACCUGGCAUGUGCGCCCCCAAAGUUCCCGCUAAUAUGGGUGCAGGAGAAUUCCAAGCAGGGCGCUGGACUUGUUGCGACCCGAGUUCUCGAACUAAAUGGACUGGCCUCGGCAUCGGAUGGCGGAGACGACACGGCGUCACAAGGUGGCUCGGAAUCGGAUGCCAGCCGGACGGAGAGCAGAAAUACCACACACAGUGGUUCCAUCAAAAAGCCUGGCUCGUUCAAGCCCGUUUCCUUUGCGAAGCAGAAGUUCUCAGUGCCCAAAGUGCCGGGUGCUGCUGCACCCCCUAAGGCGCCUGAGAAAGUUCCUUCAACUUCCACAACACCGCUUGGUACCCCACAGCCCAGCUCCCGCCCGCGCUUGGUUGCGAAGACUACACUGGGAAUGCGUGACUCAUUUUCGAAGGCCGGAGCAGGCGGGGCCAAUCCUGGUGGAUCAGGGCCUGAUCCAAACCAGGUUUGGAAUAAAAAUCGGCCUGUUGCGCCACCUCCGACCAAACAAUUGACCGAUGAAGAACUGAAGCAGCAAUAUGGAAUCCAUAUGACCUCCCGCAUCCAAGAAGAUGGUGCUGUGACGUCCGAAGCAAAGUGGGCAGAUAUCGAUGAUGAUGAAGACGAUUGGGCCCCGGAAACAAUUGAAUGGACAGAUGGAACUAAGGUCAAUCUCACGCACACCCAUGCCGAUCCUCUACCAGGUCCAAGUCCACCGGAGCUCAAAGAAUUGCCGCCUGUAGAGCCAGUCAUCACCACGAAAGAGCCUCCCAAGCUUGCGCCAAAGCCAACCACCUCUAUUGGGCCUAAUCCAACCAUCCUCAAACUCGGGGCCAAUGCAGAACGUCAAGCAAGAACAGCGAGUGCGUCCUCCAAAGGCACCAAUGACAAAGUUCCAUCCAGUUCCACUAGCCCAGCGCCGCCAUCGAAAUCUCCCUGGGCCACUCUACCUCCUGUCGAAAGAGUGUCUCCAGUCAUUGCUCCAAUGCAACCUCCUCACCAACCCCGCAUGCCUAUGAUGAGACACCCCCAGAGAGGCGACGGAUAUCAUGCACAGAUGCCCAUCCAACCGAAGGAGAUUGCAGCGGAUGAUUUCAAUCGCACGUGGAAAGAAUCUCAACCUGGCGCCCCCCGGGAGCUCUUCAACUCUCGAUCUGGCCAGUACGAGCCAGUGGCAGAGACAAGGAGAAAUUCAUGGCGCCCCGACCAGCACCCACAACCUCGUGCUCCGGCGGUAUUGCAGAGGUCAAACGACCCUUCAGGUGGGCCGGCAGAACCGUCCGCGGCUUUCCAGACGCACAGGUCUAGCCACCAGGAUGGUAUGGGCUGGGGCCGUCGUCGCACGUCAUCAAAUGUGAGUGGUGGAAGUGGAGGAUUUGGCCGUAGAAUGUCAUUUGGUCGGCCUGAUGCACCCCCAAGAAUGAAUGAUGGCAGGAGAGGCUCUCAGGUAAAUGGAUUGAUUGAUCCGGCGUUAAUGGGUCACGAACAGCACCACGGCAAGGAUGACGUUCUUCCGUCUGGUCCCAAUGGGAUCACACGUCCAGCUGUUGAUGUAGGUGGUUCUGCUGUGGAAGUACAUACAGUGGCCUCUCAAGUCUCUCUGGCGCCACAGGAGCCUCAAGAAGACCCUGUUGCUCUGCAGGAGCGUAUCAUGAAGGAGAAGCGUUUGGAGGCGAGACAACGCAGAAUUGAGCAGGAAGAGAAGGAGGAAGCAGCUAAACAGGAGCGGAUCAAACAACGUCUCGCGGCGAUGGGUCCUGCACCAGUGAAGAAAACUCCAGAGACUCGCAACACUGCUGCCCCUCCAUCUCAACCUCAACCUCAGCCUCAGCCUCAACACCACCCUUCACCCCAAACUCCCCGUUCUCAACUUUCGCAUCAAACCAGCCAUACUGUUUCAUCACCCCCGAAACCUCCUGUUCCAGAGCCUACUGGCGCACCAAAACAAUAUGGUAUGAUGAAAGUGCAUCAUCCCGACUCUGUCAAGAAACUCGUUGGUGCACAUGACCGGACCUCUGAUAGCAAACAAUUCACUCGACGUGUUUCUUCGCCCCGUCAAGAGCCUCCACGUGAACCUCUUGCACUUGCACCUAACCACAAGGCCGAGCCUCAGUCACCCAUCCAGGGCAGCACGACGGCUACCAAACCUGGAGACCAGCACGGUCAGCGCUGGCAAGGCGACUUGAAAGUCUCCCCCUCACCGUGGUCUCAUCCGAGCAUCAACCCGACUUCUCCGACUCUCAAAAACCCCUGGAAGCCACUUGGCAGCGAUCGCACUCCCACUCUCGGAAACGGCAUUUUCGACCAACCUCUUGGGUUUUCAUCACGCGAAAACUCUUUACGCCAACUAGGCUUCGAGAAAACAGCCAUGUCUAAUCCUCCCGGCUUCACUGCUCCUCAAGAGCCAGCUGUCUGUCUACCAUCUCCCGAGGCUCGUCACACCUCAUUUGACUCCAUGCACCCUGUUGGCCGCCCUGGUCCCAUCGGACCCCCAGCUGCCCAGCAAGCUCGUGGAGUUGAGGCAUGGCAAUCGUUUACUAAAACCGCCGGUGAAAGCGAACGUCAAGACCAGCAGAAGUUUAUGGAACACUUCCACAAGACACACCAGAAGGGAGAGCACACUACCCCUCCCUCGACCUUUGAGCAGACUUGGAAGCAAAUCAAACCAACCGAAGAUGGCAGACGACUAGUCACUGCGGUCACUCGCAAGAAUAUCGGCAAACCAACCCCAGAUCCGGCCGUGCUGCCCAAUCCAUUGACUAACCUCGAUGCUCCUGCGGAUGGUCUUACUUCGGACCGUCCAUCUGGUCAUGUUCCUGUUCGUAGCUCACGGUUCUUCCCUUCCGCUACCGAGCAACCAAAGCGCCAGGCUACCGAGAGGGACCGUGGUAGUCCGUCUCCCCCUCCCCCAGAGGAAUAUUCGAGUCACCCGGUUUACUUUGGAGAUUCGAGCCGCCCCCAUGUUCAUCUCCCGAUCCCCAAGCCUGUUGUGAAGCUCCCGCCUAAGGCCGUUGGUACACCGGCACUUCCACCCACCUUUGCUUCUAUGGCAGCUGCGCCCCCACGCGAUACAAUGCCCCCUUCGACUGCCAUUUCAUGGCAAGAAAAGAUCAACAGUCUUUUCAAGUCUAAGUCACCAGAGAGAAAGAAUGUAUUGGCUGUGACACCUGCCACAAAGGAAGCAUUGCCUGUUCACACCGCUGCGGUCUCUGUCUCCAUUCCUCGGGCUAAGCUUGAGUCACAAAGGGGGGAUGGUGAUUACGCGGUUGAACAAGUUGAAAAGCAGGAUGAGAUGUUCGAGGAUCGGGAACCGGGCUCCUUGCCCGCCGUCCGUGUGCCCACUAUGGCACCUAUCAAUUCCUGGAGUCAACCCCCGCCAAUUCGACAGCUUCGCAAGACCUUCAAGCAGGUUCAGACACAGAGUAUCCCGCCUUUCCUGGUUGGACUGGGUGAUCGUGAUAACAAUAACAACAUUCGUGUUACGAUUCUCCUUCCCGGUGCAGCUGAGCCCAAAGUCAUGCUCAUCCAACGCAAAGCUGGUCCGCCACGACCCCGCAAUAACAACAAUACCCGGCCUCGCAAAGGCAACAACAAGCCUGCGGAGGCCUCCAGUGGUUCCAAGAAGUUUGCUCAUUCAAACCUUGGGUCACGACAGCAGUCUAGCAAAGCAAGCUGGGGCCCAGAUCACUCAAGCUCUCAAUAG